GCGCGCAGCUCCCCGCCCAGCGCCUGGCUCAGCCGGCGCGGCUCAUCUGCCCGCUGCCGCAGCUCCGACAGCUCCGCCGCCAGCGCCCGGUUCCGCUCCUCCAGCGCCCGCACCCGUUCGAUGUAGCCGGCGAAGCGCUCGUUGAGGCCCUGCAGCUGCUCCUUCUCGCUGGCGCGCCCCGACCCCGGCUCCGCGGCGGGGAGCGCCCGCCGGCCCGCUGUCCCCUCGGGGCGCCGCGGGGCCUCCGCGAAGAGGUGGCGGUAGGACGCGGCCAACGCCGCCGGCUCCGCGCUGUAGCUCAUUGCGGCGGAGCAGAACCGGCUGCGGCGACAGCGCUUAUAUGACCAGGGGACAGCAUGAAUGAGGUACAGCAGAUAAGCAGGAAGGAUGAGCAAGCCAGGGCCGGCACUGGAGAGAUACGUGACUUCCAGCUGUGCUGUUUCAAAGGGACCAGACAAAUGAGGAGAGAUGGUGCUGGGAUUCACAUCUCCUUGGGACCACAAGAAAUAAGUAAGCAUUUGAAGAUGACAACUUCAUGGAGCGACCGACUCCAGAAUGCAGCCGAUCUCCCUGCAAACAUGGAUGGGCACGCUCUGAAAAAGUACCGUAGGGAAGCCUAUCACCGGGUCUUUGUAAACAGAAGUUUAGCCAUGGAAAAGAUAAAAUGUUUUGGUUUUGAUAUGGAUUAUACACUUGCUGUGUAUAAAUCCCCUGAAUACGAAUCUCUUGGAUUUGACCUGACCGUAGAAAGAUUAGUUUCCAUUGGAUACCCUCAUGAGCUGCUCAAUUUUGUGUAUGAUCCUGCAUUCCCUACCAGAGGCUUGGUGUUUGAUACCCACUAUGGAAACCUGCUGAAAGUUGAUGCCUAUGGGAACCUCCUAGUGUGUGCACAUGGCUUUAAUUUCCUCAGAGGGCCUGAAACACGGGAUCAAUAUCCAAAUAAGUUUAUCCAGAGGGAUGACACAGAUAGGUUUUACAUUCUGAACACGUUAUUCAAUCUGCCAGAGACCUACCUGUUGGCCUGCCUAGUGGAUUUCUUUACUAACUGUGACCGGUACACUAGCUGUGAAACAGGGUUUAAGGAUGGAGACCUCUUCAUGUCCUUCAGGAGUAUGUUCCAGGAUGUCAGAGAUGCUGUUGACUGGGUUCACUACAAGGGAUCGCUCAAGGAAAAGACCCUUGAGAAUCUGGAAAAGUAUGUGGUGAAAGAUGGGAAGCUGCCACUGCUGCUCAGCCGCAUGAAUGAAGUUGGGAAGGUGUUUCUAGUCACAAACAGUGACUAUAAAUACACAGACAAAAUCAUGACUUAUUUGUUUGACUUCCCCCAUGGACCAAAGCCUGGGAGUGCCCACCGGCCGUGGCAGUCCUACUUUGACCUGAUCCUGGUAGAUGCACGAAAACCCCUCUUCUUUGGAGAAGGCACUGUGCUGCGGCAGGUGGACACGGUGACCGGGAAGCUGAAGAUUGGUACCUACACGGGCCCACUGCAGCAUGGCAUUGUGUAUUCUGGAGGCUCUUCAGACACAGUCUGUGACCUGCUGGGGGCCAAAGGGAAGGAUAUCUUGUACAUCGGAGACCAUAUCUUUGGAGACAUCCUCAAAUCCAAGAAGCGCCAGGGCUGGAGGACCUUCCUGGUGAUCCCCGAGCUGGCGCAGGAGCUGCACGUCUGGACAGACAAAAGCGCCCUUUUUGAAGAGCUGCAGAGUCUGGACAUUUUCUUGGCCGAGCUAUACAAGCAUCUGGACAGCAGCAGCAACGAACGCCCCGACAUCAGCUCCAUCCAGAGACGCAUUAAGAAAGUGACCCACGACAUGGACAUGUGCUAUGGGAUGAUGGGGAGCCUCUUCCGCAGCGGCUCCCGGCAGACCCUGUUUGCCAGCCAGGUGAUGCGCUACGCCGACCUCUAUGCAGCCUCCUUCAUCAACCUCCUCUACUACCCCUUCAGCUACCUCUUCAGAGCCGCCCACGUCCUGAUGCCACACGAGUCCACGGUGGAGCACACGCACGUGGACAUCAACGAGAAGGAGUCGCCGAUGGCCACGCGCAACCGCACCUCCGUGGAUUUCAAAGAUUCCGACUACAAGCGGCACCAGCUGACGCGCUCCAUCAGCGAGAUCAAACCGCCCAACCUCUUCCCCCAGGCGCCCCAGGAGAUCACGCACUGCCACGACGAAGAUGAUGACGAGGAAGAGGAGGAGGAGGAAGAGGAAGAGGAGGAAGAAGAGGAGGAAGAGGAAUAAGAAGGAAAAAGCAGAGCAUCUGUGAAGACGAACCGUGACUCUAGCAGCGAUCAGGAGCGGAUUCCUUUGUCGGGGCCCUUGGGGUGAUGGGUUGGGGGGUGUGAUUCUUGCAAAGGCACAUUUUGAAAGCGUCCGGAAACUUUUAACAAAUUAACACUAAUUAAGAGGAGACCCUUGUUUUCAGUUCUGCAGACGGUUCAGAAAGCUGAUGGAUUCUGCUAGGGUGGUGCAUUCAGAUUCAACUGCCCACCUGUGCUGUCAUGCUGCUCCCGUUACAUUGAGGGAUGCUGCAUGUUUCACCCUUUCCCAUGAUGUGUUUCAUUGGAUUUUCAUUUCAACAGUGUCCUGUGAACGGUUUUUGCCAUUUGUUACAUUGGCUGUGGAGAAGGAAGGGAUGUGCUGGGCCCCACAGGACACACAGUGAUCCAAGCCCUCCUGCCUGUUGGGUUGCUGCCCUUAACCUUCCGUUUCUGGGUUCUAAACUGCCCCCUCCCCAUGUUAGCCAAGGUCUUGCUGUGGCUCCCUGCACUCAGUUCCUCCCCUGCUUGGUGUGAGUGUCUCUCUGUGUGAGAGCGGUUCGAUUCCCCCAUGGUGGAGGGCGGUGGGAUUGCAGCUUGCACGGCUGCAGCUUGCAGACACCUUCCAGCUUGCAGACUCUUGCUCUCCUCUCCCAGUGUUUCAGAGCUCCUUUCAUCAUGGGCACGUGGUGCUUGAUUUCCACCAUGUUUCUCACAGCCCAGCUGCACACUGUGUUCUCAACUCCUGUACUUCCAGCAGUAAAUAUUAACCAAGGAGUUGGAAGCUGCUGCUUUAGCAUUAUGUCAGUUUGUUUUCCUACCACCUGUUAAUGACCUUUCUGUCUGCUCAGCAUUAAGAAAGUGAAGCAUCCCAAAGACAAACCCAGCCACCAUCUGGAGUGAAAGGGCCUGUUCCAGCGUGCUGCAGGACACUGGUGUCUGCCCUAAGCGAGGAAACAGCACAUGUCCCGGGGCCAUCCCUGCAGGGGCGGCUGGGGAGCUCCAGUCCAGCCGGCUGCCACCCUGCCCCUGGGCAGGCAGAGCCUGGUGGCAGGGGGUGAGGGCUGCAAGCAGCCAUGCAGGGGACUGGGAGUGCCCCACGGGGAUGGGCAAGUGGCCUUUAUGCCUGAAAGCCAUCCCAGGGAGGGCAGGGGCUGGCGCUUUCCUGUGUCUCAUGGGUGCAGCCUCCCUUCCUCCAGCCUGUGCCGUUCGCUGGGAAGGGAUUACAAGGGCCCUCUUCUAAUGAAUUUGACUGUUGUUUCAGUACCAUAAACUCACUGAAUCUUUUUUUUUUUCCAUUUUCAAGUACCUUAGGAGAAAAUAAAACAACAAAAACCACACCACCAACAUCUGAGAGGAAACGCUGCUGUAGUGGCAGUUGUUCAAGUCAAUAAAUGAUGAUGUUUCUAAGAA